AUGGGACCGGAAUCAUUGCAGAAGGAGUCAUUGGGGUCGUACCCUUACCACUCCUUCAGCUGUGUCCCUGUCGGUCCCUGUGCGGUCAAGGCCUGCAGCGCCAACAGCACGUGCGUUGUGAACAGCGGUGGAGUGGCGUCCUGUGUGUGUGACGCAGGCUUCGUGCUGCAGGCCAAUGGCAGGACGUGCAUUGAGCCGUGCUCUAUCUGUGACGGCAACCAUGCAUGUGUGAAGGACGUUGCGGGUGCAGUGACCUGUGUGUGCAAAUACGAGGUGGUGGGCGACAAGUGUGUUGGACCUGCUUCGUGUGGGGCCUGCCCUGCAGGAGCUGUGUGCACGCCUCUCCCAUCGACCUGGCCUUCUUACUGCAUGUGCGCUCCUGGUUACGGCAUGACCAGCACUGGAUGCGUGCAAGGGGCCACCCCCACCGUCUCCUCCACCAGCUUCACCUUCUAUGAUCACCCCAACUUCACCAUAACUCGCUUCAUAUCCACUAUGCGGGUCCACUGGGAUGGCUGCACCGACAUCACUCUCCCCCGCGCCUCUGAUGUCCUGUCCUACACCCGCAUAGAGCCGGCCCCGGGUGGGAUGGGAAAUUGCACAAAUGUGUGUGCGUACUAUGGGUAUGGGUGUGCCGGAGCGUGCAAUUCAUUGUUCAGCUUGGCGGGUGCACCUCAGAUCGGCGUGUGGACCAUCCC